AUUUUACUUGUAUUUAAGUCAUGUUUGUGAUGUAAAUAAGUGUGCAAAAAACACACUUAUCACUCCUAGCAUUGGUUGUUGACUUAUUACCAAGCCUGUUACAUUAGUUGCACAUAAUAAAAUAUCCUAUUGUUAAGUUAUAUUUAUCUGAAGUCAUAGCCAUAUCUGAUAUCAUUGCAGGCAAAGAAGAGAAAAAUGUUGAAAUCAAACUCAAAACUUUUGGGCCUCAGGAGGAGAAUGGUCCUGUCAUCUUGGUUGCUAAUGCGUGUUCUAGUAGAGAUGUGAAGGAAAAUAUUGUAGGAGUUUGCUUUGUUGGCCAAGAUGUUACUGGACAAAGGAUGAUAUUGGACAAAUACAAUCAAAUCCAAGGUGAUUAUGUAGGAAUUGUUCGGAGUCCUUGUGCACUGAUUCCUCCUAUUUUUAUGAUGGAUGAGCAUGGUCGUUGUGUGGAGUGGAAUGAUGCAAUGCAAAAAUUGUCCAGUCUAAAGAGGGAACGAGCCAUAGACCAAAUGCUUCUUGGCCAGGAUGCUAAUAAGUUGAUAUUUGGCUUCUUUGAUCAGAAAGGUAAAUAUGUAGAAGCAAUACUUUCUGCAAACAAAAGGACCAAUACAGAGGGCAGGAUCACUGGGAUUUUGUGCUUUUUGCAUGUUGCUAGUCCUGAACUUCAAUAUACCAUGCAAGUGCAAAGUAUAUCUGAACAGGCGACAGCAAAUACCCAAACAAAGUUGGCUUAUAUCCUUGGUGAAGUUAGAAACCCUUUAAAUGGAAUAAAGCUUUUGCAGAAUUUAAUGAAAUAUUCAGACUUAAGUAAAGAACAAAGACAGCUGUUGAAGACAAGUGCAUUAUGUCGAGAGCAGUUAGCCAAGAUCAUUGAUGAUGGUGAUAUUGAGAGUAUUGAGGGAAGGUAUGAUGUACUAGCUUAAUAAAUUUGGUGAAUGUAUUAGCAUUUUUCCUACAGGCUUGCCAAUCAAUUAACAAAUAUGUUACUGCUGAAAUCAGGCUUCUAGGUUUUUUGAUGCAUAUGCUUGCAUGUCCACGUCAAAUAUAACCUCUCUUGUUUAGUAA